AGCUCUAGGGAUAACUUAUGCAUCAGAUUGACAAACAACAUUCUUCUUCAUAUCUUAAGAAGACAUCUAGCGAGAAAGGAGAGUACUGAGAGUGAGAGAGAGAUGGCAUUAUCAUCAGCAUCCUUCUGGAGAAUCAUGUUAGGUUUUGUUGUCUUGAGUUUAGUUGUUCUUGAUCAAACUGCAGCUGCAAGAACAGUGCCAGUUGAUACCCAUCAAACUGGUAGUGGUGCUGGUCUUAACGAUGAGAAGAACUUCAUUUCCUAUGGAGGUAUUGGUGGUGCUUCUGGAAUCGGUUCUGCUGGAAUACCAUUUGGUGGUGUAGGCAUGGGUGGAGGAGUAGGUGGACUUGGUGGAGCUGCUGGUGGAUUCGGUGGCGUUGGUGGUGCUGGAGGAGUCGGUGGUCUUGGAGGAGUUGGAGGUGCAAGUGGACUCGGUGGUGCAGGUGGACUCGGUGGUGGAAGUGGACUCGGUGGUGGAGGUGGACUCGGUGGUGGAGGUGGACUAGGUGGUGGAAGCGGACUCGGUGGAGCAAGCGGACUCGGUGGUGGAAGUGGACUUGGUGGUGGAAGUGGACUCGGUGGACUGGGUGGUGCAAGUGGACUCGGUGGUGGAAGUGGACUCGGCGGACUAGGUGGUGGUAGUGGACUCGGCGGUGGAAGUGGACUUGAUGGAGGUAUCGGUGGUCUUAGCCACCACGGUAGUGAUCUUCCCCAACUCCCAGGCUUCGGUGGUAUUAGCCACCACGGUAGUGAUCUUCCCCAUCUCCCUUAGAGCUAUCUACAGCGUUCAUACGUAGAGAUUGAUAGUAGUAGUAGUGAGCACAUGCAUGCAUGCACCAGGGUGAAAUGUGUGCUUCGUUCCAUAGAUCUGCUGGCAUGGUUUUUUACUUAAUCUUGGUGUGUUACUAGAUAUUUAGUUGUUUUUGUCCGGUUAGUUACUGCUUUCAAAAUAUAUCUAGAUCUAUAUGUUAGGUGUGUGUUUUUUCUAGUUAAUUUGCUAGCUAAUAGUUUGCUUUGCUUGUUCGGUUUAAUGUAUUAGCACUCUUGAAAUUAGACUUGUUGAAGACUGUUGGUGUUGGUUAUUCGAAUCUUUGAAUGGAAGUUUAGAAAUUAUAUCAUUGAA